AUGUCUAUCCAGAGUACGAAGGAGAGCCCUUUACCGGCCAAGCUGUUCAACGAGAAGGGCGAAUUGCAAAGACCGUCAUCUCAGUUCCGCAACUGGAUCUCUCGCGAACCGGGCGCGAGGUUUCCUCCCGAAAAGGGGCGAUAUCAUCUCUACGUCUCGUACGCGUGUCCAUGGGCCCACAGAACCCUGAUCGUCCGGAAACUCAAGGGCCUCGAGUCUAUCAUUUCUGUCACGUCAGUCCACUACCACAUGUCCAUCGUCGACAGCUGGCGCUUCGUGGAUCCCGAUGAAUCCUUGCCAAUGGAGGACGUGACGCCGGAUCCUUUACAUCCAGACUUCAAACGCAUGAAGGACCUCUACUACCACGCCGAACCCAACUACACGGGUCGCUUCACGGUCCCCGUGCUGUGGGAUAAGAAGACGGAGUCCAUCGUGAGCAACGAAAGCAGUGAGAUUAUCCGCAUGUUGUAUACAGAGUUCGAUCAACUUCUACCUGAGGAGAAGAGAAAGGUUGACCUCUAUCCGGAAACGUUGAGGGGGAAGAUUGACGAGGUCAACGGGUGGACUUACGAUAACAUCAACAACGGCGUCUACAAAUGCGGCCUCGCCCAAACCCAAUCCGCAUACCACGAUGCCGUCACCUCACUCUUCGCCUCCCUGGACCAAGUCGAACAGCAUCUCGCGUCCGCGUCCAACGAGGGACCGUACUACUUUGGGGCGAGGAUCACAGAGGCCGACGUGCGCCUGUACGUGACCAUCGUCCGCUUCGACCCCGUGUACGUGUCGCUCUUCAAGACGAACCGCGCCAUGAUUCGCACCCACUACCCGCACAUCCACCGCUGGGUGAGGCACCUCUACUGGACGGUUGCGGCGUUCGGAGGCACCACCAGCUUCGCGCACAUCAAGGGCCACUACUUUACCAGCCUGACCAUGUUGAAUCCGAGCGGCAUCGUUCCCGAGGGGCCCGUGCCGGAUAUUGCAGAGCUGGGCGACGACUAG